AUGUCAAGGCGAUCUGCUACUUGUUUGAGAUGUUGUUUGGUGGUGUUUGCAGUAGUUUCAGCAUUGGGGGUAUGUGGUCCGGCCUUGUAUUGGAGGUUCAAGAAGAGUAUAAGGUUGGUGGAUUCUAAAACUUCUUGCCCUACCUGCAACUGUGAUUGCCCUCCUCCUUUGUCCCUUCUCAAGAUUGCACCUGGAUUGGCCAAUCUCUCAGUCACAGAUUGUGGAAGUAAUGACCCAGAUCUGAAGCAGGAAAUGGAGAAGCAGUUUGUGGACCUUUUAACAGAGGAAUUGAAGUUGCAAGAGGCUGUUGCUGCAGAGCACACCCGACACAUGAACAUCACAUUUGCUGAAGCAAAGAGGGUGGCUUCUCAGUACCAGAAAGAAGCAGAAAAGUGCAAUGCUGCAACAGAAACUUGUGAGGAGGCAAGAGAGCGUGCUCAGGCAUUGUUUAUCAAGGAGAGAAAGGUGACUUUGUUGUGGGAAAGACGAGCCCGUCAAAUGGGUUGGGAAGGGCUAUAG